AUGAGGCGUUUUUCUAACUGCUUGCUCUGUUUUGGUGCCAUUACUCCCGUUGGCGACAGUAAACGGUUCUUUAAAUCGGAUGGGACACCCUAUAAUAGAGAUGCGGCGAACAACUUGUAUGGGAGUGAGCAUACUCACAGGGGCGGCGUGGAGGCUUUAUCGGAGGGAGUUGCCGCCGGUCAGUAUGGGGAGCAUAAACCUCGUGCUAUCAUGUUUGUUAACAAGCGUCCCGUUGAGAUUAUACCACAGGAAGAAAACUUACUUGAGGUGCUUGAGCGGGAAGGCAUUCGCGUCCCUAAAUUUUGUUAUCACCCAAUUUUAUCUGUAGCAGGUAACUGCCGGAUGUGUCUCGUUCAAGUCGAUGGGACGCAAAAUCUCGUUGUUUCUUGUGCCACGGUAGCACUUCCCGGUAUGUCGAUAAUAACUGAUAGCAGGCUGGUUCGUGAUGCCCGCGAAGGCAACGUCGAACUUAUUCUUAUCAAUCACCCAAAUGACUGCCCGAUUUGUGAACAAGCAACAAAUUGCGACCUUCAGAACGUAAGCAUGAAUUAUGGAACUGAUAUUCCACGAUAUAAGGAAGAUAAGCGUGCGGUUCAAGACUUUUAUUUUGAUCCGCAGACACGUGUAGUACUCAAUCGUUGUAUUCACUGCACCCGCUGCGUACGGUUUUUGAAUGAGCACGCUCAAGAUUUUAAUUUGGGGAUGAUAGGACGGGGUGGUCUUAGUGAGAUCAGUACUUUUCUGGAUGAGUUAGAGGUAAAAACUGAUAACAACAUGCCUGUCUCUCAAUUGUGUCCCGUGGGAAAGAUUUAUUUGGGCGAUGCUGACGAGAAUAAUUUAAUUGCUGAACAACUAGACGUAUCGUACGAGAGCGAGUGUGGAGAUAGAGGAACAGUAACGCUAGGAAAAUAG